GGGGCGCGAGGCGGGCCGUGGGGGCGCGGGCAAGAUGGCGGCGUCGGGCCUGGCGCAGGUCCCCGAUGUGGACAUCGACGCCGAUGGCGUCUUCAAGUACGUGCUGAUCCGGGUGCGGGCGGCCGGGCCCGAGGGCGCCCCGGGGCCCGCCAAGGACGUCGUCCGCGGCUACGGCUGGGCCGACUACCACGCCGACAUCUACGACAAGGUGGCGGGAGAGAUCCAGAAGCAAGGCUACGACUGCGAGUGUCUGGGCGGCGGCAGGAUCUCCCACCAGAGCCGGGAAAAGAAGAUCCACGUCUACGGCUACUCCAUGGGCUUCGGGCGCGCCCAGCACUCCAUCGCCACGGAGAAGAUCAGAGCCAAAUACCCGGACUACGAAGUCACCUGGGCUGACGACGGCUACUGAGGGGGUCCGGCGCUCACCCGCCCUCCCCCCCCGCCCCCCCGCCCGGCCAUCCCGGGCACCCUCCGCUCCCCCCCCUCGGGGGGGGGGGGGGUCAUUUGGGGGGGUCUCAGUCGAAGACCGGGGCUUCGUAGGGCCGCGGGCUCGGUCCCGGAGGGCAGCCCUCACUCCGCAUCCUCCUCUGGAAAUGAAGCCGAAAGCCCGGCCCUCUUCCUCCAGGCCGGGGGCCCUCGACUUCCCCAGGAAUUUCUACAGGGACGGGGCAGGGGGAGGGGAGAGACGGGUCUCCCGGCGCGCCGGGGCCGGCGGGCAGAGCGACCCGAUGGGAUAGUCCGUCGUGGGGAGAACCGAACGCUCCGACGGCACCGAUGGGAGGCGUGGAAGCGGGGGAGGCGUUUGCGGGUCCCUGCCGAGCGUUUUGAAUAAAUAAAAACACGAGAAUCCCG